CUCAGGUGGCCCGCGCUUCCUCCCCCUGGUAGCCCGCCACCCCAGCCAGCAUGCCCGCGAGGCGCUGGGCCCCAGGCACCCAGUGCAUCACCAAGUGUGAGCACACGCGCCCCAAGCCUGGAGAGCUGGCCUUCCGCAAGGGCGACGUGGUCACCAUCCUGGAGGCUUGCGAGAGCAAGAGCUGGUACCGCGCCAAGCACCACACCAGCGGGCAGGAGGGACUGCUGGCUGCCGGCGCACUGCGCGAGCGCGAGGCCCUCUCUACUGACCCUAAGCUCAGCCUCAUGCCGUGGUUCCACGGGAAGAUCUCAGGCCAGGAGGCGGUGCAGCUGCUGCAGCCCCCAGAGGAUGGGCUGUUUCUGGUGCGGGAGUCCGUGCGGCAUCCUGGCGACUACGUGCUGUGCGUGAGCUUCGGCCGCGACGUCAUCCACUACCGCGUGCUGCACCGCGAGGGCCACCUCACCAUUGACGAGGCCAUCUGCUUCUGCAACCUCAUGGAUAUGGUGGAGCAUUACAGCAAGGACAAGGGGGCCAUCUGCACGAAACUCGUGAAACCCAAGAGGAAGCAGGGGGCCAAAUCAGCGGAGGAGGAGCUGGCCAAGGCCGGCUGGUUACUGGACUUGCAACAUCUGACGGUGGGAGCGCAGAUUGGAGAGGGGGAGUUUGGAGCGGUCCUGCAGGGCGAAUACCUGGGCCAGAAGGUGGCCGUGAAGAACAUCAAGUGCGACGUGACGGCCCAGGCCUUCCUGGACGAGACUGCGGUCAUGACAAAGAUGCAGCACAAGAACCUGGUGCGCCUGCUGGGCGUGAUCCUGCACCAAGGGCUCUACAUCGUCAUGGAGCACGUGAGCAAGGGCAACCUGGUGAACUUCCUGCGGACUCGAGGCCGGGCCCUCGUGAACACGCCCCAGCUCCUGCAGUUUUCCCUGCACGUGGCCGAGGGCAUGGAGUACCUGGAGAGCAAGAAGCUAGUGCACCGCGACCUCGCCGCCCGCAACAUCCUCAUUUCUGAGGACCUGGUGGCCAAGGUCAGCGACUUCGGCCUGGCCAAAGCUGAGCGAAAGGGGCUGGACUCCAGCCGGCUGCCCGUCAAGUGGACGGCACCUGAGGCUCUCAAACACGGGAAAUUCUCCAGUAAGUCUGACGUCUGGAGUUUCGGGGUGCUACUGUGGGAAGUCUUCUCGUACGGCCGAGCUCCAUACCCCAAGAUGUCGCUGAAGGAGGUGACAGAGGCCGUGGAAAAGGGUUACCGCAUGGAGCCCCCCGAGGGCUGCCCGGGCCCCGUCCACACGCUCAUGGGCAGCUGCUGGGAGGCGGAGCCCGCCCGCAGGCCUCCCUUUCGGAAACUGGCUGAGAAGCUGGCGCGUGAGCUACGCAGCACGGGCACCGCCGGCUCCGUGGAGGGGCAGGACGCUGAUGGCUCUGCCCUGCCCCGUGGCCAGGAGCCCUGACCCUGCCUUGCGGGGCCGCGGGCCCCGGGGGACCCAGAAAGCAGGGGGGUCAGGGUGGGGGCGUGAGCGUGGGCCAGGCCUGAGGAGGGUCAGGGCUGGCAAGCUGCCCACUGGGCUCGGGACACAGAGCGGGCCCACGUGGGGGCUCCGGCCAGCCCCUGGACACCAUGGACCGGGGAGGACUGGUGCCUCGAUAAAGACAUUCCAAGGACUGUGGGCGUCUGAGUCUCUCUCCGCGACCCCCAGCUUCCUCUCAGCCCAGGGGGUCCACACCAGGUGCCCCGUCACUCAGCCUGGAGCUGUCUGCCAGUCGUCUGCCCACUGAGGGGUCUGCACAGCUGGGACCGCUGGCAGCCACAGUAGGGAUACGGACCCCUGGGAUGGAGCCAGGAGACUCUCCAAGUGGGGAUCACAACCAUCCCGUGGAUCCAGUUGCCAUGGCCCCCAGGUCCCCACUGUGGGCCAUUUGUGGAUGCCGUAUUCAACCUUCGAAGUCCCAGCCGGGUGUGGGUACGGGGCUCUCUGGGUCCCGGGCUCAAAGGAUCAUGGGAGAUGUGCCCCUUGGAGCAGGUGUGUGGGAGCCCAGGGAGGGUCUGCCACAUGCUUGUUGCUACUGGGCCUGGGGAUGCUCCGGUGAGGCCACCCGUAUCCUCCAGCUGUCACGGCCCAGCAGCCUGACCC